GAACAUUUGAAAUUUUUAGGGCUCAUAUAGAUAUUGAUGCAUGGUUAUUCAAAUUAACUAAAAAAUAUGGACAAAAUGGAAUAUUUGAAUUAAAUAUUGGUGGUAAUAGACAAAUAGUAAUCACUCGCGCAGAAUACGUUGAUAAAUUUAUGUCAUCAGCAAAGGAAAAUCUCAAGAAAAAUUUGAAUAGAACCCCAAAUAAUGGACUUUUAAAGUUGCUUGAUCUUGAUUGUAAAGGUGUCGCAUUAAAUGAUGACUAUAAUUCUUGGAAAUUUAAUCGUCAAAUUCUUUCAAACGCCUUUACGACAGCAUAUAAUUCUGAUGAAACCAUUAAAAUAACGAAUAGGUUAUUUGAAGAAAUGACUGAUUAUUGGAUGAAUUUGAGAAACCCUAAUGAAAACUCAGCAACAGUUGAUGCGACUGAUUGGAUGCUUAGAUUUACAAAUGAGUUUAUUUCUGUAAUUAUAACAGGAAAUCGUACAUUUGCGAUUAAAAAUUAUCAUCACAAAUUAAAAACCAACGAAGUUACAAAAGAAGUAAUGGAAUCUGAAAAAUUUAUUGAAUACAUAAGCAAUUACAUUGGUGACGGUCAAGUUAUAUUUAUACAAAAACAUUUAAGACUAUUUCCUUUUGUCAAUGGACGUGUGAAUAAAAUGAUGUAUAUACUCAACUAUAUUAAUAAAACAUUGGAAGAAAGAAUUAGAAAGAGAAGAAAAGAAGUUGAAAUACUUGUUAAUAAUAGUAAUUUUGAUCCAUCGCAAUUAAAGAAUGAUUUGUUAACAUCCAUGAUCAUUGCCAACACACCAUAUGAAACUAAGCCACAAAAAAAUGUUGAUCCUUCAUUAUUAAGGCCAAUGACUAAUGAUGAAAUACGUGGUAUUAUGUUUGAUUCGUUUUGGGGUGGCACAGAAAGUGUAAGUAAUGAGACUGCAAGUACAAUUUGUUACGUAUUAUAUUACAUUACACAUCACCCACAUGUUAAAAAGAAGUUAUUGGAAGAAAUAAAUACGGUUUUCAAAGAUGAUCCAAAUAGACCAAUAAUGAUGGAAGACCUAAACAAGUUAAAAUAUUGUGAAGCAAUUAUUAAAGAAACGUCAAGAAUAAGACCUGCAGUUACCAUGACUUCAAGAUACUAUGUUCAACCUGAUGAAAUAGCGGGAUAUAAAUGGCCAGCAGACUCUUUCUUAAUAAUGUAUAUUCGUGGAAUUAAUACUAAUCCACUUUAUUGGAAAGAUCCAGAGAAAUUUAUUCCAGAAAGAUUUUACGACUCUAGUGAAAUUGAAAAUCGACAUAAAUUUGCAUUUCCAAUGUUUGGAGGAGGUUUUAGAAUAUGUUUAGGUAGAAACCUUGCAAUGAUAGAAAUAAAAAUAAUAGUGGCUUCACUUUAUAGAAAAUUUGAUGUAGAACUUGUAGAUAUGGAAGCACCUCUUAACGUUAGUACUUCAAUUGUCACGGUUUGCAACAAUUUGGAUGUUAAAAUCAUCCCUAAGUAG